CUUGAGGAAUUUCAUGGUCCCUUAGAGGAUGAUCCAGGUGUGAUAUUACCGAAAUAUGGUGAAAUGGGUGUAAAGAAAAUUAUGUUUACUGGAGAGGGGCUUCCAUUAUUUCCGAAGGUCUCUCCUCAGCAAUUGCACGAAAUAUUCGUCAAGAAUCCAGCUAACACUGAUCAGUGCCCAUGUCUAGAACAGACCCCUUACAGACUAGAAAAAAAGGAUCUAAAAUAUAGUUCGGAAUCUGGGAAUAUGAAAUUAGUUCUUCCUUUAGCGAGGCGAGCGGUUUGGAAGGCGGAAUCAUGA